CGCCUCACUCACUGUAAGGCAACAACAGAAAUUUGAAACAGCUUAUUGUUGUCGAAUGCGUUCAUAAAACGCAAAGAACGUCAUCGUUUCCCCCCACCCUUUUGUGUAUGGACCUCUUGCACUGUUUGCCAUAAGAUUAUUUUAUUUAUGGUGUUCAAUGUUUAUACUUGGGCGUGAGCGGGGCGGACCAACGGAGGGUUUCUUUGAAACACGCUGGCAGGUGGGAAAGGGCGACCGACCGAGUAACGACAGCGUUAAUGAAACUUUGUUACAGAUUUCGUUAUGGGGAUGCCAUACGCCAUGUUAAGAUAAAGACCAAGACGACAGUGUUGAACAUGCUAAAGCGGUUGGACAAAAUCCGGUUCCGGGGCCAGCGGCCAGACGUGUUCCUGGAUCUGGGUGAAUCGCCCAACACAUCUGACACUGAAUGUAGCGAAGAGAUUCUGAUGAAGCCUCGGCCCUUGCUUAAAAUUAAAGACACUGAAGAACUGCAAGACCCUGUGAGUGUUCCUGCUGGUCCGGGGACACUUGCUAUGGCUGCAGCCAUCCAGGACUACCAGAGGACUGAGACAGAUGGACUCAACGAGAUGAAAGGCCACCUGGAAAUUGCCUUACUGGAAAAGCACUUCCUACAGGAGGAAUUGAGGAAACUUAGAGAAGAAACCAAUAUAGAGACACUGAAACAGGAGCUGGAGAAAGAGAGAUCGAAAAGGCAGGACUUGGAACAGAAACUGAACUUGGAAAUUCUCAAAACGAGACCAGAAGAUUCCGCUCCACAGCCACCCAGAGCAACACCUGCAGCUCCCACCGCCAACAGUACAGACAAGCAGAAGGAGACCAUGUACUCGCGGCUGCAGACAUGGCUGUACGACCGGUUUGGAGCGUACAUCGAGGACUUCCGCUUCCAGCCGGAGGUGAACACGGUGGAGCCAGAUGAGCCGUUAAGCGCUAAGAGAUUGACUGAAAACAUGAGACGACUCAAGCGAGGUGCCAAACCUGUCACUAACUUCAAGAAGAACCUUUUUGCCUUAUCCAGCUGGCACUCUGUGUAUACGUCAACCUUUGCCUUCAUUAUCUAUAUGAAUGCAGCGUGGCACGGUUGGGCCGUCCCCUUGUUUCUCUUCCUAGCCAUUCUCAGGCUCUCCUUGAAUUACCUCAUUUCCAGAGGUUGGAGGAUCCAGUGGAGUAUUGUGCCGGAGGUCUCUGAACCUGUGGAACCACCAAAGGAGGAUCUGACCGUUUCAGAGAAGUUCCAGUUAGUUCUUGAUGUCGCUCAAAAAGCACAGAAUCUAUUUGGAAAGAUGGCAGAUGUCCUGGAGAAAAUAAAGAACCUGUUCAUGUGGGUGCAUCCUGAGAUCACUCAGAAGCUCUACAUCGGUCUGUGGGUGGCCUUCAUCUGCUCCUGUCUCCUACCCUACAAACUCAUGGGCUUCAUGAUGGGGCUGUAUGCAGGGAUCAAGUUCUUCAUCAUCGACUUCCUGUUUCGGAGCUGUCCCAAGCUAAGGGACAAGUAUGACACGCCCCACAUCAUGUGGACCAGCCUGCCCACAGACCCCCAGCUGAAGGAGCGCGGCGGCGCUACACUGUCCAGACGGCUGUCUGGGUAUGAAAAGAUCCAACCAGUGGUAGCUCGUGGGAGUCUAGGGACAGCCCUAGCAUGCGGUGUCAGUCUAGAGGAACAGACUGGCAGGGUCUACAAUACUAAGAAGGGUUCUUUCCACGAGGUCUUCAAUCUGUCUGAGAAUGAGCGCCCCCUAGCAGUGUGUGAGAAUGGCUGGCGAUGCUGCUUGAUCAACAGGGACAGGAAGAGUCCCACUGACUACAUCCGUAAUGGGGUGCUCUUUGUCACUGAAAAUUACCUUUGCUUUGAAAGCUCAAGCUCGAGGUCAAACUCCUCUAAAAAGAAUAAAGUAAUCAAACUGAUUGACAUCACUGAUAUUCAGAAGUACAAAGUCUUGUCUGUACUGCCUGGGUCUGGAAUGGGAAUCUCCAUAGCUACACCGUCCACCCAGAAGCCGUUGGUGUUUGGUGCCAUGAUCCACAGGGACGAGGCCUUUGAUGCCAUCUUCACACAGUACAUGAAGACAGUGGCCAUGACCACAGGCACCAACCCUGAGACCUAACAAACCAAGAUGGCUGCCUUCACCAGGGACUUCCUUUACUGACACAGAGACAUAGCUAUGUAGUACACAGAGAGCCACCACUGCUAUUGGCCAUUUAGUACAUAUGAAAAUAUGUUAAGCUAGUGUCCAUGCCAAGGUGGUGGAUUCCUCCACCAAGCCAGGGAUCCUUGGCACAUAGAUUAGCAUGUGAAUAUGGUAUCCACUUGAUCUGAGGCCUGGUCCAUCACUAUAGAGCCCAAGGUCUUUCUAUCCUCUUGCUGAUGACUCCAGCUUCUCAACUAAGGAACUACGACUCCUGGAUCCGCCCACCAUUGCUGCCUCCUGCCUCCUAUUGGUUGGGUCGAGGCUGUUGUGUCUAGGGAUAGAGACACACUUGGUUCUUGUUUAGCUGUUUCUCUGUACUGGGGUAAGAGGUUUUCAACUCUGUCUUUGGAUGUCACUGUGUUUGUGUGUGUCACAGGAGGUUGGUGGCACAUUAACUGGGGAGAAAAGGCUUGUGGUAAUGACUGGAG